UACUCUCCGCUCUUUUCGCAAUCUGGACCAUUAAUCGUGGUCAAUCUCGAUAUUCCAGUUCCUUUACACCGAGUCAUGCACCGGUGCCUAGGACUACCUGGUCCAAAGCAUGUCAUUCGAUGCACGAACAAUGUCUGCGCCAAUGACCUUUUCUCCCUCUGAUCGACUGUCUCCCUCCGCAGCACAUCCGCAACCAAAAAGCGAAACACGGCGCUUCUCAAAGGUUGACCGUGACUCAAACUGGGCCUCCGAUCUAUUACUGGCAGAUCUGUCGCCAGAUGCUAUUUUAGAGGCACUGUCGACUGGCGACAAGCCGGUUGCAGACAGCCGUUUUCAUAGCCAGCUAAGAAACAGCAUCGAAAAUGCUUCCCCCGUCGAAAAAGAUUUGGCGACACGGGCCGCCAUUGUUGCAAAGUCCUUGAAACAUUGGGUUCUGGAGCUGGAAAAUUGGGAUUGGCCCGGAAGCUCGGGAUUUGAACCCCCUAGGCAGGCACAAUUGAGUUACAAAAACGACCUAGGUCAUGACUCUGUCAGUCAGGGCUACUCAGAUCUUCAAGGUGGACGACGCGGAAGUGACGGAUUCAUCGGUGCGUUUCCAGCUUCCAUAAUAAUCGAACACGAAGACCGUAUCAGGAGUAUCAGGAAGGAUAUCGAAGAACUAGGCGUCGAAAACCUGAAAGAGCAUGCGUUGGACGCCCAUGUUUCUUCGCGGUCUCGGCCUUCAUCUUCUUAUAGCCAGGAAACCAGUGUGUCGACCUUGUCGUCCUACACACGCCUAGAAGAUAUUACUGCAUUAAUCACCGCCACGACCCUACAGGCUUUGCCUUAUCUUGCACGCCUUAACCGGCUACUCAAUACUUGGACUAUCAGACUACUUGUUCUUCGAAAAGUACCAACAUUCCUUAGCAAUCUUCAAAAGAUUGAAGGUGCUCUGCGCUCUAGCUGGGCUGUCGCUGAACCUCGUGGACCGGAGCCCCACGCUUCUUUGUCUGCCGUUGAACAUGCACACGGUUCGUCAUCUAUAACUCGAGAGAAGUUCAUCGCGACGCGAAAUACCGUUCAAGAGCAGGUGGUCAGGCUGGGAGAAGAGCUGGAUGGUAUGCUAGAUGCCCUAGAAGGUCAUGAGGAUACCGUCCCAGAUAUUUGGAUAGAUCAGAUGGAGGCAAUCGAGGCGGAGUACAAGAACUGGGUUAGCGAAGCAGAAAAGGCUGUCUCUAGAGAUGACUGGCGAUAUUCUCGGCACCACAAAGCACCUUCUGUUGAUCAUCUUCCGUUGGUAGAUGGCGCGGUUGAUGAUUGGGGAGAUUUGAUGGCUCUGCAGCACCGGAAGUCUGAUGUGUUGCCUUCAGAGGAACCCGGAAAUGACGACCGCCAGCCACGCAGCAGCCAUUUAGAAAAUAAUAAGAUUGGUGCAUUCGAUAUUAUUUCGGAUAAUCGUGUGCAAGAGCCUGAGUGGAAUUACUAUGAGAAAUCGAGGUCCGAAGCUACAGAUAAUACUUUGUCAGCAUUUCCUGAUGCACCAUCUGCCGUACGGGCGGGCCGACCCCUCGUCCCUCUCAGCGAGUCAAUAAAAACUCCAGCCGAAGCCUCAAUCCAAACGGAGCAAGAGCCGCGAAUCGACUUGGCAAAGUUUCGUACUUCUGAUUCUCCCUCUACCGUCCAAAAUUUUUCUGUCCAGCAGCAAGCGCAAUUUAUCCAAGACGGCGCAAGGUUCGACUUAGAUCCGACUCAUGGGAGCCAUGAAAUGGAAAUUGAUUCACUUUUGGAGCCUCGGGCGGAGGCAAACAUCAUAGCAGAGGCAGAUAUUUCUAGUCAUACCCUCAACCGACAAUUGGAGUUGCUGAGCAUUGGUCAAGGCGGUGAAACAAUUUCGUCGGAUGACCAUGUGUCAAACAGUUUAGCGGGAGCAAGCAAUAAAAGAACUGAUGUUUCUCUGUCAGAUGCGCCGCCUGUUGCUGCAGCUCGAAAGCUUGGCUCGCCAUGGGUUUCGCCUGUAAGACACAGGCACUCUUCAGAGGCAUCUUCAGGACUCAACAUGAAAAACGUUCCGCCCCAUUCUCCGACGCGGCAUGGACCACCAGACGGACCACGGAGCCAACCGCAAGUGCGCCAUACAGCAGAAAUGAAUAUUCGUGGCGUAGACGACUUAAUGGCAGGAGAGCUAAAUAAAAGCUCUGGUGACGUGACCGGCGUGUGGACCACCUCCCCACACGGGCCAGAAGCUGUUGAAGCCGAGCAUUCUAGCUUCUCUGAUGUCCGCCAUCGGAAUACCAACUCGCCGUUGGUUGCUACUCGGACGCCUGACAUCGUUCUUGAUAAUGCCGAUUCUCCUCCGCAGUCCACUACCUUGGGUGCAGACUACUUCUCACGAAAGGGAGGCUCUCACUUGUCUCCAGAAAGCGCAAUACCUGAGGACCCAAGAUUCUUCACUAAAUAUCAUGAAAAUCGGCCGACCAGUUCAGGAGAGCCACAAGCUUCUAAGCUUCCGAAGCUUCAAUCUGGCGCUUCUGGGGCUGACCAAGAUAUACGGGGCAUUGUCAAUUCAGCCGUAUACAGUAAUGAUAGCUUUGUUAGUGAUUCAGUUGAUGGCAAGUCACGAGCCAUUAGCAAUGCACAGAGUUGGAACAAGGACAACUUGACCUUCAACUUCAACUCUCUUCCACCUUCAAGAAAGGUUAGUUUCGAGGGCAAAAUUCCUAGAUCAUCAUCAUCUAGGAAGCCGCGCCUUAGUGAAGCCGGCUUCAAACCGUCAGCCAUACCUAGGCCAAGUUUUGGAUCAGCAGACUCUUCACCGUCUCUGAGACACUCUAGAGAGGGUCCCGGCAUGGCUCUUCUGCGUCUCAAGCCGUUUGUGGGCCCCCAAGCGAUAGUACCCGCCAAGCAUAAGUCUAUCGAGGAUCUGAGGCAAGCUUCUGCCAAGAGAUUACGACGGCAACCAUCCGCGACAGAGUCACUCUCCGAUGUGGCGAGCCGGGACAUUCAAAUUAAGCCAGUCCAGAACGUCGACGAGAACCUCGACCGAAAGAUUAAAUCCAUUCUACAUAGUCUCAAUGGUCCGAUUAAAAUGACAGCGGAAGGUCAUUCUAAUUCACAUGAUGCGAUAGUUUCGAAAACAAAGUCACUGCCACGUGCAUUACGUCCGCAAAGAUCAUUUUCUAGUAAUCCCGGCUUUCCAUUCAGCCGUGGACUGAGCUCUGACACACUGGCACGAUCACCUGGAGACAAUGAGAUUAGGCUUUACCACUUACAGCGGGCGGACAGGGAGGCCCCAAUCAAACUCUACGUUCGACCCGUCGGUGACCAUAGUGAACGAGUCAUGGUCCGCGUGGGAGGCGGAUGGGCGGAUCUCACCGAAUACCUGAGGGAAUAUGCAAGCCAUCAUGGACGACGCUCGGCAUCUGAGGGGAAAUUCGAAAACCAUAAGCUUGCAAGAAACUCACCGCUAGCUUCUAGCAUGACAUCUGAUGGUCACUUGUCUCCCGUUGGCCGGCCGCAGAUAAUUUCUGAAAGACCGCGCUCAUCCCUCGGUGUCAAAAAGACCAGACCUCGAUUAUCCGGUGCAGGACCUGCUCGAAGCCACAAUAUGCCACCCAGUACACCACCGGCCCUCACACCAGGAGGUAUAGAAGAUACGCCACCAUCGGCUUAUUCAUUCUUGUCUCAAUCGUCUCAUACGGAGGAUGACAUCGCCUUGGGACUCGCAGGCCCAAGGAGCAGGAAGCACGAAAUGUCUGCUGAGAAGCAAGCAUGGAUAGAUCGUAUGAUGGAACAAGCCAAGGCAUCUGAAUCAGACAAGAAGAAGAAAAAGAAGAAAAAGAGCGACUGGGGCGAGCUUGGCCGCAUUGGAGGCACCCGAAGAAUAUUCUUGCGAGACAAGAAUGCCGACUCCUGAUCGGGCUUGCAAUUUCAUCACCAUUUGCAUCACUUGCAUUAUACCCUUGCCAAAAAGCUGUUGAGAUGCUGUUCAAGGCUUUCAUUUAAGGUCUUAUUUCUGCGCUCUCGAAAUUCCCUCACUGUCUAUGCGUCGUACACGCGCCGCAUCCAGCACACUAUUUCUUC